AUGAAGAUCAGCCAGGAGUCGCCUGCUUUUAUCGCAUUGGUGCAGGCCAGCGCUGGUGCAGCGGGCGCUGUCGUCGCCUCGUUCGUUCUGCAACCAGUGGAGGUGGCCAAAACUCGGAUCCAGAUCAGUCACGGAGGAGAUGACAGCACCAUCGCAACCAUGAGGCAGAUAGCGAGAGGCCCGGCUGGCGAGUUCCAGCCUUGGAACCUUUGGAUGGGAGCAGGUGGCAAAUGCACCGAGAAUGGUGCCAAGAACUUUGCGUAUUUCUACAUAUACGAUGGGAUGAAUGCCAUUGUGAAGCAGUAUAUGGCGGUCACAACGGGUGUGAAGCUGAUUCUUGGGUAUGUUGCCGGAGUGGGGAACACGUUGAUCAACAUGCCGCUGGAAGUUGUGUCCACCAAGCUGCAGCUGGACGAUGCCAAGGGCUUGGGAACCUUUGGGAUGCUCCAGCGCAUUCUGAACGAAGAUGGAUUUGGUGCUUUGUACACCGGCCUUGGCUUCAACAUUGCCCUGUGCAUCAACCCGGCGAUUCAGAAUACCAUCUUGGACAAGCUGAAAGAAGCCCUUCUCCGGCAAAUGAAGCGCAGAAACCCUGAGGUGACUCCAGCUCUCUCGGCCUUUCAGGCAUUCACUUUGGGCGCCUUUGCCAAAGCCGUGGCGACCGUUGUAACAUAUCCGCUGGUGCGACUGAAGACAAACCUGCAAGCUGGGACGGCACCCCAACCGGCUGCUGAGCCACCGCAGCCGGUCAUGUCCAGGACUGGCAGCGGACACAUGACCCGCACACGCUCUGUCGAGCUGAUUCGAGCGAUGUCUUUCCGUCAGGACAAGAAGCCAGAGGUCCAGACGCUGUGGCAGAGAUUCAUUGAGUUGUACCGGGGCGUGUACUCUGCCCUGCUCAAGAGCACAUUGCAAAGUGCACUGCUGUACAUGGUCAAGGAUCAGGUGGAGUUCUCCAUUGAGCGAUUUUUCCACCUCACAGCGCAGGCCUUCUUCCGCAAGACUGGCCAAGUGAAGCUUGGAAGCUUCUCCGGACGACCACUGGCGUCCUAG